UCCUAGCGGAGCGGCGGGCGCAGCCUCCGGCGAGUUUGCGGACUGGGACGCGUCCUGCGCUCUGUGCACGUGCGCUCCGCUGCAACUCGCUCCUAACGGCCGCUCCGUGUCGCCAUGCCGGCAGAUGUCAGCAAGUGGACCGGGCCCUUGAGCCUGCAGGAGGUGGAUGAGCAGCCCGAGUACCCACUGCGGGUCGCUUACGGCGGGGUGGAGGUGGACCAGCUGGGCAAAGUGCUGACGCCCACCCAGGUUAAGAACAGACCCACCAGCAUUUCUUGGGAUGGUCAGGAUCCUGAUAAACUCUACACCCUGGUUCUGACGGACCCGGAUGCUCCCAGCCGGCAGAAUCCCAAGUUCAGGGAGUGGCACCAUUUUCUGGUGGUCAACAUGAAGGGCAAUGAUAUCAGCAGUGGCACCGUGCUCUCCGACUAUGUGGGCUCCGGGCCUCCCAGUGGCACAGGCCUGCACCGCUAUGUGUGGUUGGUCUACGAGCAGGACAAACCGCUCAAAUGCGACGAGCCCAUCCUCAGCAACCGGUCUGGAGACCACCGCGGCAAGUUCAAGGUGGCUGCUUUCCGCAAGAAGUACCAUCUCGGGGCCCCAGUGGCCGGCACGUGUUACCAGGCCGAGUGGGACGACUACGUGCCCAAACUGUACGAGCAGCUGUCUGGGAAGUAGGGGCGACUCCAAGGCCACGUUGUCCUGGAGACCCCAAGCAGUGUUCUUGAGUUCCGUUCAGUGAUGCAUGUAGGUUUUUCCUUUGUCCCACACCUGAGACCUGAGCUGUCCCUAGUGGUGUAGGGUGACUUUUCCUGCUGCCUGUUCUUUUGGGUUCUAGAGAGUCAUACUUCCCAGUUUUUGUUCUGGCCAAAUUUGAGCUCUGUUUUGAGGGAUAUUUUGGUACUGUGGUGGGAUCAACAUGUUAAUAAAAGUAUAGCAGUCCAUGAUUUAAGGAGAAAAAAAGCCAAA